GAAGAAAAUCCACCGAAGGUUUGCGUUGACCUUUUUAGCCGAAAGAUGGGAUAUUUGGAAGAUCCACAGGGUAUCGACUGUGUUCAGAAAACAUGGAUCACAACUAAAAUUGGCUUGGUUGUAGGUGUCGCUGGUUCAUUGUAUAAGGAGAUCCAGCCUAAGUCUGGUGUGAUUAUGCUGCAGCGGGUCGCCAGUAGUGCAGUAAUGAUGGCCACCAUGGGCGCCAUCUUUGGGGUGACCACUUGUAUCAGCGCUGAGCUGCGAGAUGACCCGCACGGCCCCCUGAAUUUUUUUUUGGGGGGCUGCGCCUCGGGGGUCUUCCUUGGAGCAAAAACCCACAGUAUUUCGACUGGUACAAGCUCCUGUCUCGGUCUGGGAGCUGUGGCCUAUCUCACUAAAGCUGGUAAUGUAGAAGGAUGGAGAGUUUGGGGAGCUCCAAGAGUUUAGGACGAAGAAAACUUCAAGAUCAAACUCUGUAAAAAAAAUAAAUAAUGUAAUUCAAUAA